AAUAGGUACGCACGAGUUCGUAUCCAUCGAUAGAGCGAAAUAGACAGAGAGAAAAUUAAAUAAUUGUAUCCGCAUAGAAGUGAGAAAGAAAAAAGAAAGGGAGAAAGAGAAGGAGAAAAAGAUAAAGAGUUAUAACGAAGAUAAAGAGUUCGAAGGCGAAAGAGAUAAGAAAAAGAAAGAGAUAGAAAAUGUACUUAUAUCUUCUUUUUUAAAAAGAAAGACAGAGAAAAUAUUACUACUCUUAUCGAGUUACAAUAAUCAUUAGAAGGCUGUUGUUCUCGGAGCUCGAAAGCACGAGAAAGAGAGAGAGAGUGAGAAAGAAAAACAGAAAAAGAGAGAGGGAGAGAGAAAAAAAGAGGGAGGGAGAAAGAGAGAGAAGAGUGAAAGAGCAAGAAACUACGGUCGGAGAGCGGAUGUCCUUUUCUUUCUCUGUCUAACUCGAGCGCAUAUGUCGUAGUAAUAGCCGGUGUGUCAGUCGAUUGACCGAUCGUUGCUCGGCGCGGAUCGGUCGGUCUCGCGACUAAGGGGGCUUCGCGUGCCCAUAAAUCCUUGUAAAAAAGUUAAAUUCUAAUUUGUUACAACAUUCUAUCGAUUAUUACCGUCAAGUGAAGAAAAAGAGAAAAAGAAAGAGAGAGAAAGAGAAAGAGAGAGAGAGAGAGAGAAAUAAAAAAGAAAAGAAAAAGAGAAAAAAAAACGUAGAGAUGGCGAUUGGAAUUCUUUUGAUUUUGGGUAUAAUUGCUGCUUCGGGCAGCGCAGCUUCCAUUAGGAGAGAGAACAACAACAGUCCGGACCUCUGUAUCAGCCAAAUCUAUUGUCAAGGGGAUCUUUUAAAAACCGUACAAUUGGCGGAGAUCUUCAAUGAUAGUAAAACCUUUGUUGAUUCGUAUCAGAAGAACGACCCGCAAAUAACACUUGCUAACUUCAAGAAAUUAAUGGAAGAAACAAAUAAUCAACCGAAUCGUUCCCAAGUUGCUCAAUUCGUCUUGGAUAAUUUCUCGACACAAGAUGAGCUCGAUAACUACACGUUACCGGAUUGGCAAGAAAAUCCUCCGUUUUUGAAGACCAUCGAGGAUCCUAAUCUACAAAAGUGGGCGAAGGAAUUAAACGAAAUAUGGAAGAAAUUGGCGAGGAAGAUAAAACCAAUAGUGGCUAAACAUCCAGACAGACAUAGUCUCAUUUAUGUGGAUAAUGCGUUCGUAGUACCGGGUGGUCGAUUCAAAGAGUUCUACUAUUGGGACAGUUAUUGGGUGAUCGAAGGAUUAUUAAUAUGCGGAAUGAAAGAUACUGCCAGAGGAAUGAUAAACAACUUUUUAUCGAUGGUCGAAAAAUUCGGAUUCAUACCUAAUGGUGGUCGUAUCUACUAUCUCAUGAGAAGUCAUCCGCCGUUGUUAAUUCCCAUGGUCAAGCUAUAUCUGGAAUAUACGCAAGAUUAUGAGUAUUUGAACGACAUUAUAGGGACCUUAGAGAAAGAGUUCGAUUAUUGGAUGAAAUACAAGAUGACUAAUGUGAAGAAAAAUGGAAAAAUUUAUAAUAUGGCCCAUUACAACGUUCACAGCAAAGGACCACGUCCAGAAAGUUACAAGGAAGACUACAAAUUGGCACAAAAAUUGUCGGAUGUCGAUAAGCAACGUACCCUUUACAACAAUUUGAAAGCCGGCGCUGAAAGUGGUUGGGACUUUUCAGGAAGAUGGUUCAUUGGACCAGAUGGAAAAGAAUCAAACAAUUUGAUCGAUAUCAAUACAAAGAACAUUAUACCAGUUGAUUUGAAUAGCUUUCUUCAAAGAAAUGCUCAUAUUCUUGUCGAAUUUCACAUCAAAAUGAAUAACGUAGAAAAAAUGUCAUAUUAUCUAAAGAUAGCAGAACAAUUUCAAGAAGGUAUCAACGAGGUCUUGUGGAAUGACGAAUUUAAAAUUUGGAUGGAUUAUAACAUGAAGAAUCACCGUCAUAGGACAUCCUUUUAUCCUACCAACCUGACACCUUUAUACACAUUAAGUUACAAUACUAGUAAUGCCAGAGAGGUCGCACUUAGUGCCAUAUCUUAUUUGAAAAAAAUGAAAAUUAAUUCGUACUUUGGCGGAACUCCAACAUCUCUGAAUCAAACUGGUGAACAAUGGGAUUUCCCUAACGCGUGGCCACCCUUACAAUCAAUAAUCAUUCAAGGAUUACAUCAAACUAACGUUAAAGAAGCUGUUGAACUUAGCUUGGAUUUUGCUCUUGAGUGGCUCGAAUCAAAUUAUAUUGGCUAUGAAGCUACUGGAAAGAUGUUCGAAAAGUAUGAUGCUACUUCGCCAGGUAAAGGAGGCGGUGGUGGCGAAUAUAAUGUUCAAGAAGGCUUUGGAUGGACGAACGGCAUUGUUUUGGAAUUCAUAAAAACAUUUUACCAAAUAAAAUUGAACAACAGCGUUAGCAAUAAUAAUCCAAAUGACCUUAACAAUAACGUAGAAUAAUAAAGAACGACUGGAUGCUGUGCCAAACGUGAUUUUGCCAAUGAAUCUAGUCCAUAAGCGAAAUAGGAGAGCAAAGUUACCAAAUCGCAUUUAAACGUAUUCUAUCCUACUUAAA